UCUCAUCGUACUGGCAAUUACUCUUGACGAACCAUCCCAAAAACACUUUUUUAAGUCAUUGAAAACUUCCCACCAAACUCACAAUGUCUCUCGCAACCCUCGACGUCUCUCAACACCCAUACCUCCCCUCUGCAUCGGAGACGCUCUUCAAGGCCAAGGCCUCGAAGAAGCUGAGCUUCGAGCAAAUCGCCCAGCACAUUGGUCGCAAUGAAGUAGCUGCCGCUGCCCUCUUCUACGGCCAGGCCAAGGCCUCACCCGAAGACAUUGAGAAAUUGUCUUCCCUUCUCGACAUCUCUCGUGACCACCUCGAGGAGCAGCUCAGCGGUUUUCCGGAUCGUGGCCGCACGGUCGAGAUGCCGCCCAGGGAGCCGCUGAUCUACCGACUGUAUGAGAUCGUGCAGAACUAUGGUUAUGCGUACAAGGCUGUUCUAAAUGAGAAGUUCGGUGACGGAAUCAUGAGCGCCAUCUCGUUCUCGACCAAGGUGGAGAAAGAGACGGACGAGGCUGGCAACAACUGGGCUGUAAUCACACUGAGAGGGAAAUGGCUGCCUUUCUCCCGAUUUUAGGUCGAGGUAUCAUGGGAAUGAAAAAGCUGGUAGGAUGACGGCUGUAGGGCAUAUAAGCAGUACCGGAAAGGAAAAUCAUUAUUGUUCAGUCUUCUUCUCAUAUCUCUCAUUUCUACCAAAAGAUGCAAAGCGCAAUUGUGACAUCCCCAUCGUGUGUCGGAAAGCACCUGACAUGACCCGCCGGAUUGGGCAUGUUUCGUAGUGAAGUGAGGACGGUAUGAAUAAAUCCUCAGUCUUGUAUUCCACCUUCUUGGUUGAAC